AUGGUUUCACGACCCGAUAACCGUCGGUCAGUGUCAGUAGGAGCGACAACAGGCAAUGUGGGCGAAAGGAAUUCGUAUGCAGAAGGCAGAGUGCCGGCGCCUCACGGCCUCCCGCCCUCGCCGGGUGCGGCGGCCGCGCAACGACGGGUGGCAGCCGCUUGUCAAGCCAGCAGAAUACUUCUCGAGGAAACACUAGCUAAGCCAGGAACACCCCCAACAAUCGUUCUACCCCCGAACGGUGGUUACUGGGUGGAUGGAGUGGAGGAGAACAGUUCCGAUGAGGAAAAUGAACCCAGACCUCAACCGGGAACCCCUCGUCAAACUUCUCGAAGACACAAUAUUGAUACAAACGACACCGCCAAAUACUACAGGCGGUAUUUCCUAGGCAAGGAACAUAUUAAUUUGGUUGGAACUGAUGCGAACCAGGACCCCGUGGUGAUGUCGAUAAUGAACGAAAACGUGGCUGGCCAGGACCACACCAGAAUACUCUUGAGGCUACGAACAGAGACUAUGAGCGCACUGAUUUCUACACCAAGUUCAGGCAUAAUGCCGUCACCAUCUAGGAUGGCUAAGACCUUGAGCGACCAAGUGAACGUGGACAACUUCAUGGCAGUCAUGUGUUUGAACGCGUCUUCAUUGAUCGUGGCUUACGAUGAGCAUGUAUUGGUUAAUACAUUCAAAUUCGGCGUACUCUAUCAAAAGUACGGACAGACUACUGAAGAAGAAUUAUUUGGAAACAACGAAACGUCUCCAGCAUUUGACGAAUUCUUAGAAAUGCUCGGUCAGAAGAUCCAGCUGAGGGAUCAUAGAGGAUAUAGAGGUGGUUUGGACAUAAUAAACGGCCACACGGGAACUGAGGCGGUGUACGAGCGGUUCCACGACCGCGAGAUCAUGUUCCACGUGGCGCCGCUGCUCCCGCACACGGCGGGCGACGCGCAGCAGUUGCAGAGGAAGAGACAUGUUGGGAACGACAUUGUGGCGAUUGUUUUUCAGGAAAAAGCAACACCGUUCACGCCAGACAUGAUCGCAUCACAUUUUCUACACGCUUUUAUUGUUGUAACGCCCGUCGAUGCUGCUGACGGGGAGACCAGGUACAAGGUGGCCAUCACAGCUCGAUCAGACGUGCCAUUCUUCGGGCCGACUCUCCCGCAACCGCCUAUAUUUCGUAAAGGGAGGGAAUUAAAGGAAUUCCUCCUUACUAAGCUUAUUAAUGCUGAAAACGCGUGCUAUCAAGCGGCUAAAUUCGCUGAGCUUAAGCAAAGAACUCGAACAUCGUUGUUGCAGUCGUUAGCAGAAAAAUUGAAAGAGAAAACUGUUGAGUUUCUUGGUACGGGGGCAAGAAAUGAAGGCGCCAUAUCGCCUCAGCCCGAAGGGACGCCGAAGCAAGAAGGACCGGGCGCUAGAUUUAUUGAUACUGUCAAAAAAGCUCUAAUUUCGAAAGUCAGAUCUCCAAGCGUAGACACGAAUUUAUCAGGCGACAGUAAUAAGAACAAUCCUUUGAAUAAAAAAAUCAAUCUUCACGAAACACCCACCCCUAAUAGCGGGCGAUCAAAAUCGUCGAUCGCGUCGUCGUCGGCGAGCGCGGUGUCGGUGCGGUCGGCGGGCGGCUCGGGCGGCUCCAGCCCCGACGUGACGUCGCGCGCCGCGGCGCCGCGCCCGCGCGCCGACCACAGCGACGACUCCAGCCUCAACUCCGUCGACCUCGAUCCACUGGGUGCAGUAUACGUAGACAGCGACACGGGCCUCGAGUCUAUGUCGUCGGCGGAGGCGGGCGCCACGGCGGCGCGCGACGCGCCGGCGCCGGCGCCGCGUGACGCCGAGCUGCUGCGGCAGGAGGUGUGUCGCUUGAAGAACGACAAACUCGAUCUGUUAAAGCAGAAUAUUACCUGGCAAAACGAGAUAAAGUGUUUGCGUGAGCGAGUGAUGACGCUGCAGGCCGAGCUCGCCGCCACGCACAAGGAGAGGCGGCUCAGAGAGACUACUACCAUCAUACCAAAUCCUUCCUCACACGAUUCCACCGCU